AUGGCAAAACGAAGCUUGGAAAUGAAACGAGAUUCGUCGACUGGUGGUGUUGAUAUAGCAUUGGAUUUGGUUUCACCAAAACGUUUUAAAUUUAUGAUUGAUCAUUUGUUGGAUGAUGAUGAGCCAAAAACUUCAACGUCACCAACCAUAUCGCCAACUGAAUUUACCGCUGAUACUACAACACCGCCACCAUUAUCAUCAAAAUCACAACUAUCAUCAUCACUGUUAUUCCCACCGCCACCACCACCAUCUUCAUCAUUACUACCAGUUUCAUUACAGUCAUCUUCAUCAUCGUCAUCGUCAUCAUCGUCAUCGUCAUCAACAACAAUAUCAUCAUCAUCAUCAUCAUCGUUAUCAACAACGGUAACAGCAACAGCAACAACAACUGUAACAGCAACAGCAACAUCAGCGAUUGCUGUUAGUGAUUUGGAACCUAAAGAAGGUGCAAGUACAGAUGUGGUUGUGGCUGUUGAUACGUUACCAAAAAAUUUACCUCUACCCGCCAAAAAAUGCACCAACAUCAUCAGUGUGGGGGCAGCCAACACAAAAAGGCAGGCAGGCAUGGAUGGAUGGAUGGAUUGCAUGAUGCCUGCCUGCCUGCCUGCAUGCAUGCAUGCAUGCAUGGAUGGAUGA